AAUCAGAGCGUGGUGGGUGGAGGAGAUUUUUUUUGUUUAUUUUCGUGGCCAGUUAGCCAGUAAACGCGUUGAUAAAAGCUAACGGUUUUUUAACAGAAAUUGAGUGUAAGUUGUUUAACCUAUGAACGAGAGUCAACGUAACUAUUAUAAUACCGUUAAAUUCAGCGAAGCUGAGGAUUUGGGGACAUCAGAGAAUACGGUUAGCACCGAGCUAGCGACAAGUUGAUGAGCGUCUUUUAGCGUGUCUGCUAGCAAGCUAGCCAGAAAUAAUCUACAAGAAAGAUAGCAUAUCGCCAUUCAGUUGAAUAAAUCAAAUCACCUAUAAUCUUUUACCACUGAGAGUAACGCUUCUUUGCGGCAAAAUCACUGUCGCUGAACGUGGUCUGCAUUGAAGCAACACACAUCUGAGCGUGACACCUUUACUGCUGAAAGCAGAGAGAAGACAACUGCAACGUCUGCCUGACAUUGAAACUCCAGGAGCAAGAUGUCAAUCACAAACACUCCCACAAGCAACGAUGCCUGCCUGAGCAUUGUGCACAGCCUCAUGUGCCAUCGACAGGGGGGGGAGAGUGAAAGCUUUGCUAAGCGAGCCAUUGAGAGUCUUGUCAAGAAGCUGAAGGAGAAGAAAGAUGAGCUGGAUUCUCUCAUCACAGCCAUCACAACAAAUGGAGCUCAUCCCAGCAAGUGUGUAACCAUACAGCGCACUCUGGACGGGCGUCUGCAGGUUGCGGGACGUAAAGGUUUCCCCCAUGUGGUGUAUGCCAGAUUGUGGCGAUGGCCAGAUCUACACAAGAACGAGCUAAAACACGUUAAAUAUUGCCAGUAUGCCUUUGACCUGAAAUGUGACAACGUCUGUGUCAACCCAUACCACUACGAGAGGGUUGUUUCUCCAGGAAUUGACUUGUCAACACUGACCCUUUCAAAUUCAGGUCCGCUAAUCGUAAAAGACGAGUUCGACUACGAUAACCAACAGUCUCACUCCAGCUCCGACAGCCACCUGCAAACGAUCCAGCAUCCGCCGUCCCGACCCCUCCCCCAGGAGACAUUCAGCAGCCCUGCUCUCCUCCCCCCUACAGAGGGCAGCACCUCAGCUUCCACGUCGGCGUUCUCAACUAUCAGUGCCGGUCCCUCAAACCCCCCCCCGAACUGGAGCAGAAACAGCAGCUUCACCCCGGCGGUGCCUCAGCACCAGAAUGGACAUCUACAGCACCACCCUCCCAUGCCUCACACGGGGCAUUACUGGCCUGUUACCAAUGAAAUUGCAUUCCAGCCCCCCAUAUCCAAUCACCCUGCUCCGGAGUACUGGUGCUCCAUCGCAUACUUUGAGAUGGAUGUCCAGGUUGGAGAGACAUUUAAGGUGCCAUCCACAUGUCCGAUAGUGACAGUGGAUGGUUAUGUGGAUCCAUCUGGAGGGGAUCGCUUCUGCUUGGGCCAGCUGAGUAAUGUCCACAGGACAGAGAACAUAGAGAGAGCCAGACUCCACAUUGGCAAAGGCGUGCAGCUGGAGUGCAAAGGCGAGGGAGACGUGUGGGUGCGCUGUCUGAGCGAUCACGCCGUGUUUGUGCAGAGCUAUUAUCUGGACCGAGAGGCGGGGCGCGCCCCCGGCGACGCCGUCCACAAAAUCUACCCCAGCGCUUACAUCAAGGUGUUCGACCUGCGUCAGUGCCACAGGCAGAUGCAGCAGCAGGCGGCGACGGCCCAGGCUGCAGCUGCGGCUCAGGCCGCCGCAGUGGCCGGGAACAUUCCAGGGCCGGGCUCAGUGGGAGGCAUCGCUCCUGCCAUCAGUCUGUCUGCGGCCGCGGGCAUCGGGGUGGAUGACCUGCGCAGGCUGUGCAUCCUGCGCAUGAGCUUCGUGAAGGGCUGGGGGCCGGACUACCCCCGCCAGAGCAUCAAGGAGACGCCCUGCUGGAUAGAGAUCCAUUUGCACCGAGCGCUGCAGCUACUGGAUGAAGUUCUACACACCAUGCCCAUAGCUGACCCGCAACCUCUGAUCGAAUGAAAGGACUUUAACUGUACAAAAAAACAGACCACAACACAUACAAAAAACUCCAUAAAAAAACAAAUGGCUGUACUUUUAACAGAAUACCCCACCUACAGGCCUGCAGUGCUGAAGGAGGACUGCAAUCACAUGGACUCUGUACAGGUUUUAUGACUAGAAACGAGGACCAAGAAGCCGGCAGUGUACUCCAGUAGCCCUGUUAGCAUCUCCAAACCAAACGUGCAGCCAGUGCUCUGCACUGUUGUGUUGCUGCACCUGCGUGCCGGCCCACAGAGAUGGAGCCUCAUGCCUCUUAAAUCUGAACAGUGACACUCCAAAACGGAGCAGAGGUUAGGUGCAAAUGAUCUUGUAAUUGGAUUUGCGUUGUGUGGGAAAACUAAUGCAUCACUGAGGUUUAAGGAUGUCAAACAAGAAGUCUCUCAGCUGUACUUCAGUGUGGAUCUUUUAAUUUACCCAAUCUGGAUUUAACAGUGCUGAUAUCAGCUACUUUUAAUCGAGAGCCGCUUACCCUGUCUGCACAUCCUGGUUUUCCCUCCUGGAGUAUACUGCCGGCCCAGUUCUCCUAUAUUUACUCUUUUUGGCUGGAAAGAAAUGUAUUGGAGUUGUCCCCCCCCCACCCCCACAUUGAUCAGGACAUAUAUGAACAGUUGUACAUUAUUUGUGUGCUUGUAAGAUGUGAUCUUAAAAAUAUUUCCCCAGCUCACAGAAAAGUUUUUUUUUUUUUUGUGGUGGUGGGCAAGGGGUGUGGUUUAUUCUUUAUUUGAAUGGAGAAUAUAAUGAUCCAUUAAAGUUCAGCAUCUCCUUUCACACCCUUAGAGACAAAUCUUUUCGCAUCAGAUCUGUUACCACAACCUUUUUUUUUAUUCAUAUGAUGGAAUUUUAAACAAGAUCAUUACACACCUACACUGAUAUUUUGUCUUUUUUUAUUGUUUAUUAGCACUUUAUUUUAUAUUUUGCUCCAUAGUCUCAUGUUGGUUACUUUAAUGUUUCUUAUGGUCUGCUAGCAUAGUUUUUUUUUUUGUUGCUAAUGAUUCAGAAACUGUGGCUUAUUGUGCUGUCUGGCUAAAAUCAUGUUUUCUGUGUCAAACAGUCUCAACAGGUCUGAAAGAUGUAUUUAGUCAAGUCUUUGGUAAAUAAGAUGGUCUGGCUCUUGCAGCACUUUAAAAGAAAUGGCUCGCCACCACCAUCUUCUUUAUUUGUGAAUCAAUUGGAUUAUGCUCAAAAGUAAUCUAACAAACUGAGUAAUUAAAGGAUGAGCUGUGAGGAAGCUUAAGCCAUUGAGAUGCCAAAUAGUCUUUCUGAAGUGUUUGAAGGUUAGGGCUGCAGUCAUUCCAAUAUUCCAUUGCUUCUAAAAGCUUGAUUUGAAUAAUCUGAACCCUUUAUUUAUGCUCUGCACUAUUGAUCAAACAAUAUUUUAGACUUUAAAUCUGUUUACCUACAGCCAUGGCAGUAUUUUAUACUCUUUCUGAACCAUUCUGGUGAUUAAAAAAAAAGGAAAAGAGAAAAAGUGUUUUCCAAAAAUGCAAAUUCAUACAUAAUCUUAAUCCCUAAAACUAUGUCAUACAGUCUGAAUACAUAUGGCGUUUGAAUGAUAUUGAUGUUUAUAUGUAUGAAUAAAAUUUAAUGGACUAACAAGUCAAUGGGUUAGUGUGCAAGUCAACCGGCUGAGAAAAGACCCCGGCUUUGAACAAGAAAACGUUUAUUACUGCAAAGACGAGUCACAAAUUUUAAGAAAACAACACUAAGAAGCUAGCCUGAGCUCAGAUCUGAAAUAUUCAGAAAACAAAACUACAUGUGUCUUUUAAUAGUUUCUAUAAUCAUCAAUACGACACACUAAAUCAUGUCUUUGUAAAUAUAAAAGUCCCCCAAUCAUCCUUGUUUUUUUCUGUAAAAUACACAAUACAAAUCACCCUACACACGGUUUGCUCGCCAAUUUAAGAAUAUACAUUGUUUGUAGCAAACGGCACACAAAAAGAAAGUCACAUGAAAUCUGUUCGUAUAUAUUAUAUCAGAUACUAUACAUUGCCGCCCCUCCCCAAGAAAAUACAAAGAAGAAAUUAAAUCACAAAAGCAUUUAAGCAAACAUAUCAGAUAAGAUGUUCACCAAAAGAACAAAUAAUUAGGACACAAAUAAAUAUACCAUUUCAGUUUUUGAUAUAUGUACACUGCUUUUUGUCAAAGGUGAAUUCAAACAGAAGCCUUCCCCAAAUUCCACAGCCAAAUGCUUGUGCUUGCAUCAGAACGUGCUACAGAUGGCCACGACUCACUAGACUGUCAAAUGGCACUUACAAAAUCUCAAACAGGUCACAGUAUUCAGAAAAUAUCGUCUGACAAAAGAAUUCACAAUCAUGAGAAAAACAACUUGAGAGCAUUUCCCUUACAGUGACUCUCCUGGUUUACCAGUUCUAUACAUGUUUAAAGUUGUUUGCAGGUACUCGUCCGUAAGUUAGUGGUGUGUUUGUGUGAAAGUGUGUGUUCUGAGGGGGUCCUAUCCAGUAACUUAAUCAACAGUCCAGUCUGGGAAUAGGUCUGAAUGCUUCCACAGCACCCAUGUAGCAAAAUGUCUGCUCUACUGCCAAAAGAAGAAGAAGAAAAAAACAAAAAGACCCAGUAGUCACCCGGGCCAUCUGCUGCGGCCGGGGCAAAAAUGAAAGGCACAGGAGUUUGCUAUGGGUCAAAGAAGCUGCCAGGUCAUCCACAUGAAGAGGCAAGUGUAGCUUAUGUCUUCAGAUUUCUGGAUGAAAGUGGGGUUUAUUUGCAAGCAGCCGUUACAAAGACAUUGGAAUUCUUAAUUUCAAAGAAAUGAAAAACAAUUGUGUGGGCAGCAUAAGCAUUGCUCAGUUAGCCAGGCAGGAUUGGAGAUGCAGGCUUAAUCGCUGUCUGGCACUGGUUGAAAAAGAAAAGAAAAAAAAAUGGAAAGAGCUAGGCUGACAAAAACAGUUUCUAGCAGCACAUGGCAGCUGUUUAAGACCAGAAAGCACUUACAAUCCAAAAAAGCAGACCAUUUAGAUGUAAAGAAAACAUCUUUAAGCCAUUCAAUUUAGGCACAAAAUAAUACAGAUAACCGUCUGAAGUGUAUAGUGAACACGCACCACGUUUCAAUAAAUAGAAAAAAAAUUGAGUAGAAAAAUGGGAAAGAAGCCAUAGGAGAGAAAUAUAUGCUGCAAAACCUCCACCGCUAAAAGUAAAACCCAGACUGACAACAUUAAAAUUCUUAAACAAAUCUGGCAAGUGUGAAUCUUGCAGUUAUGUGAAGACAUGCUGCUGAUCUGAUAGAAGCAAAGGACAUGAUUCAGGGCUAAACGGUUCUCAGUCCAUUCAUUUUUUGGGAAAUCAUUACCAUGACACUAAAGGGAAAACGGAGCCUUAGACCGUCCACUUGGGCUGGUUACAGUGCACUUUGUGUGUUCUCACACACUUUUCGAAUGUCUGUGAGGAAGGUCGACAUGUGCUGUGGGGACGCCUGAAUAUACAUUUGAUUUAGAUUUCCCCUAAGAAACAAACAAACAAAAAUCUGGAUGAGGCUGUUGAGCUGGCAGCCUAAAUGACACACGGUUAUUUGCACUUUCCAAGGCUUUUUUCUCCCUUCUUUUUCUUCUUUUAACUGUUUAGCAAGAUAUGUACACAGGCAAAAAAAAACACACAGCAAAAGAAAAAAAAAGAAAAAAAAAACUUUUUCAUUUUAAGGGCUGCAAUCAAUAAAUACCAAACUUUCCUCCCCUUUUUCCCACCUUGUACAGAUCUACAUAGAUGGAUUAAAUGAAAAAAAAAAACUUUGCUUCUCCGUCUGUACAGUAGGUUUGCGCUUUGCAGUGGUGUAAUUCAGGAUUCAUCCUCAGAAGUCAUUAUAACAUAUGCAUAAGCACUUCAAACAAAAGCACAAUAAAUAUCAAUAAAUAAACAUUUCUGUGGAGAAAUGAUAGGCCAUACAAACAGGCAUGAAAAGUAAGAGCAGAAUUAUUUUAGUAACAAAAUGUUCCCAUUUAGAGGAUUAAUCUCAAAACUCCCCACGACAUAGAAGGCUAGAACAGUUCAAGUAUAGAUGCAAUCUAAGGAAUCAGAAGUUAGUCCCCAUGCCUUUCCUAUUUCACAGUCUAUGAGCUAAUUUCAGAUGUCCUACCAAAAAGAAACAUUCACAUAUUGACAAUCAGAUCAACCACGAAAAGGAAACAAAUAUAUGCCAUGUAUCAUCAUUUUUAUAAACUAUACAUAUACAUUUCUAUAUAUAUUCAUAUAUCUCUUUGAAUAUCAGAAAAUAUCUACUUUUGGUCCUCUGUACAAAGAUGAUCUUUAAACAGGGAACAUAGGAUGAAGCAUUUGAUGGGCUAAAAACGGAAAUGAAAAGGUAUCAGAGGUGAGAGAAAAGCAACGCGGGUUUUCUCUAUCGCAUUGAGAUUUGUGCAGUACAGUGGUGUGUGUGUGCAAUAAGGUUUGGUGACUGUGCUGCACGCAUCAAAGGGCUGGCACCACUGGUCUGAGGUAGGGUGACUGAUGGAUGUGUUCCAACACGCACACAAGCACGCAGACACACAGAGCAUAUGCACAUAAAAGCACAGCAUAGAUCUAUGCGGCCGUAGUCACACAGACACACACAUACACACACGUACACACACGCGCAGACACACGACACGCACGCUUCACCCAAAUGACAAAGGCUAAUGCAAGAGUAGGCCUCGGGACGGCAGAGUGGGGGCAGGAGCAAGGCCCCAGACCGGAACCGGGUGAGUUACGGGUUUCCAGGAGCCGAUCCCGAGAGAACGGCGUGUGUGUGUAGGCCUGCACCCCGCAGGUCUCAGCACUGAUGAGCCAGCCCAAAUCCAGCCACAAGUCACCAGAAAGCCAAAUCUGUGGCCGGGGCGAUGCGGAGGGGCUGGGGCUCUCUACAGCCCACAGUCGGGACGACGCGGACAGCUGCAUUUGCGGAUAAGGCACUAUGAUAAAGCCGAGGUACAUUAAAUCCCUGACAUUCCUUCUGCUCUGCGACAUGGCACUGUGGGACAGCAAACAGCUUCUGUGUGGCCCGGGUGGCUCACUCUUAAAAAGUCCUCCUUUUUUUUUUUUCCUUUUCUUUUUUUCUGUUUUCAUUUGGUCCACUGCGAGCUUAAAAAUUUUCAUUAAAAGUCAAAAACUAAAAAAAAAAAGAAGAAAAAAACAAGAGUCAACACGUCCACAAAAGUCGUUUUCAA